AUGAGUGUUUAUACAAGAUUAGUAACAGAAACAAUGAUGCCAAUUUCGGUAAUACACCGACCUCUACCAUCAUACCUUGAUGAGGAAAAAGUUUUGUCGCUGAUGGAAACUUUAAAGAGUACAUAUUCAUCAUCAGGUUCGGAAGAGGUACCUCCUAUCGAUGUACAUUAUAUCAAAGGUAAAAAUAAUCCUUCAAAUAACUAUUAUUUAUCAUUUGGUGGAUGUCACAGAUUUGAAGCACAUAAAAGAUUAGGUUUACCAACAAUCAAGGCAAGAAUUGUAGAGAGUACCCCAGACACAAUUAAAGUUUAUUUAGGUAGCUCCACGCCUGAAUUCCUCUAA